CCUCCCGACUGCGGCUCUCUCAGAGCUACGAGCGGAGCCACCACCACCACCACCCCCACGUGGCGUCACCCCCCCACGUCCCACACAGCCCGGUAGAAUCAGCCAUCUUCUCCCCCAUCCCCACCUCCUUCUCGCCCCACCCCCCUCCUCCCUCGGCUUGGCUCGGUGCUACCCCCCUCUCAUCCGCACACUCAUUGGGCCCCCCUCCCCACGCACACACACCGGUCCCCGCUGCGUCGUCCGAUCAUCGGUGACAACCCCCUUCUCAUUUCUCCCCGAGGAGAGAGGACUACAUCGUGGUAGCAGCAGCAGCAUCAUCAUCAUCUCUUCGGAGCGCUUCGGAUUCACGAGGGAGUGAGCGUCCCUCUGGAUUGCGAGAGGGCCUCGGAUCGCCGUCGGGAGAGGCAUGAGCAAGGCCCAGGCAUCGCAACCCAAGCCACCGCUGUUUUGCUGACGAAGCAAUCGCCCUCACGACAACGGUCGCCGCCUCAUAUUCCACGAAGGUUUUGGCGAGCGAAGCGACGGGAAAAGCAGUUUUCUGAACCACCGCUCGGUCGACCAAAUUAACGUAACUUUAGCGGCGGCUUGAAAUUCGAUUGCGGCGGCAGAACAACUCGAAUCUCGGCCAAGCCUUCGUUGAGACCCGUAGCGAAAGCAUCGGGAAAAAAAACCCAACCCCCAUCGAUCCGUCGAAGUAACGAAGGCGUCGGGCACGGAGGGCUCGUCAUGGAGGAGGCGAGGGACCGUCCCGCGUUCCUGCAGGGGGCGCGCGACAUCGCGCGCGAGGUGAAGCGGCAGGCGGCCAAGAAGGUCGGCCGCGGCUCCGACCAGGUCCAGGACCAUUACACGCGGCGCUCGUACUCGCACUUCACGGGCGACGAGGACGACGACGACGACGACGACUGGAGGGCGGACGCCAGGAACGCGCGCAGUGACGGGCGGCCGCAGCCGCCGCCUCCCGGCGCGAGGGGGGACAGCAACGAGGAGGGGUCGAGCGACGCCACGGAGGGGCACGACGACGAGGCGGACGCGGAGGGAUACGAGGGGGAGUACCAGGGAGCCUCCGACGGGGUCAAGGUCGCCCACGCCACGGAGCCGAGCAAGAGCGCGUCCUGGGACACGGAGGCGGGCAGGCGGAGCGAUCGCGAGGAGCUAUCGCAGCAGUACGAGCUCAUCCUGCAGGAAUGUGCCCACGGCAAGUUCCAGUGGAGCCUCUUCUUCACGCUGGGGCUGGCGCUCAUGGCUGACGGCGUUGAGAUGUUCGUCGUGGGGUUCGUCCUGCCCAGCGCCGAGAAGGACAUGUGCCUCUCGAGCCAGAACAAGGGAUGGCUCGGCGGAUUCGUGUAUGUGGGGAUGAUGCUUGGCGCCGUGUUCUGGGGCGGCCUGGCCGACAAGAUCGGCCGCCGGCAGUGCCUGCUCAUCUCGCUCUCCUUCAACGGCUUCUUCACCUGCCUCUCGUCCUUCGUGCAGGGAUACGGGGCCUUCCUCUUCUGCCGCUUCCUGUCGGGCAUCGGGAUCGGCGGGACGGCGCCGGUCGUCUUCUCCUAUUUUGCGGAGUUCCUGUCGCGCGAGAAGCGGGGCGAGCACCUGAGCUGGCUGUGCAUGUUCGGCAUGAUCGGAGGCAUCUACGCAUCGGCCAUGGCCUGGGCCAUCAUCCCGCACUACGGCUGGAGCUUCAGCAUGGGCUCCGCGUACCAGUUCCACAGCUGGCGCGUGUUCGUCAUCGUGUGCGCGCUGCCCGCCGUCUCCUCCGUCGUGGCGCUCACCUUCAUGCCCGAGAGCCCGCGAUACCUGCUCGAGAUGGGCAGGCACGACGAGGCCUGGAUGGUGCUCAAGCAAGUCCACGACACCAACAUGAGGGCCAAGAAGCAGUCUGAGAAGGUCUUCACCGUGACCCAGAUCAAGAUGCUGAAGCAGCAGGACGAGAUGGUGGAGAUCGAGACGAGCACGGCCAUCUGGUACCGCCGCUGGAUCGCGCGCGUCCUCUCGCAGCUCAAGGCCAUCUGGCGCACGCUGAAGCAGUGCUUCGAGCCGCAGCUGAAGCGGACGAUGAUGCAGCUCGUCGCCGUGUGGCUCCUGCUGUCGUUUGGGUACUAUGGGCUGAGUGUGUGGUUCCCCGAGAUGAUCAAGCAGCUGCAGGCUGACAACUACGCGUCGCACCUGAAGGAGUUCGACAAGGAGCGAGUCACCGACCAGACCUUCAACUUCACGCUGGAGAACCAGGUUCACCGCGACGGAGAGUACAUCAAUGACCGGUUCGUCAAAAUCAAGUUCAAGCACGUCAUCUUCGAGAAUUCCCUCUUCAAGAACUGCGACUUCGAUGACAUCACCUCCACGAACACGUUCUUCAAGAACUGCACCUUCAUCGGCACCACGUUUUACAACACAGAUCUUUACGACUUCAAGUUCGUGAACAGCCGGCUGAUAAACAGCACGUUCCUCCACAACAAGAAGGGCUGCCACAUCGACUUCAGCAGCGACUACAGCGCCUACUGGGUCUACUUCGUCACCUUCCUGGGCACUCUCGCCGUGCUGCCCGGCAACAUCGUCUCCGCGCUGCUCAUGGACAAGAUCGGCCGCCUCAACAUGCUCGGUGGCUCCAUGGUGCUGUCGGGGAUCAGCUGCUUCCUGCUGUGGUUCGGCAACAGCGAGGCGACCAUGAUCGGCAUGCUGUGCCUCUACAACGGCCUCACCAUCUCCGCUUGGAACUCGCUCGACGUCCUCACCGUGGAGCUCUUCCCCACCGACCGCAGGGCCACGGGGUUCGGGUUCCUGAACGCGCUCUGCCGAGCGGCCACGGUGAUGGGGAACCUGAUCUUCGGCUCGCUCGUCUCCAUCACCAAGGCCAUCCCCAUCCUGCUGGCGUCCAGCGUGCUCGUGGGCGGCGGCCUCGUCUCGCUGCGACUGCCCGACACGCGGAACCAGGUCCUCAUGUGAAGCCGACGACCCGCGGGAGGCGAGGGCAGGGAGCGGGCGAGCGGGCGAUCGCGAGACGCAACCCUGCAACGUGAUCUUGUGUGACGGGGCG